UUCAGAUGGUCUUCUAUCCUGGGCCAGCAAUCCCAGGCUCACGAUGCAGUGCUGGCCAUCAUGAAAGGAGCCAUGACUCUCAUCAACAAUGAGGAGACUAUCACAGCUGAUAAACUCAUGCCUGCCAUCAAAAAUAAUAACUUCACGGGAGGCAGUGGUCUUAUCGUAUUUGAUGAGAAUGGAGACAGAGUUGGUUUCUCAGCCAGUGUCUAC